GAGUCAACGGUUCCACAAUCCCCCCAGCUGUUCACUGCGCACGACCAACUCAAACGUCGCAACCAUCUCGACACAGGGCAGAUAUCGGCAGUAGAACCAAAAAUAGAGGCAAAGCGCCCGAAAUUGUCGGGUUGGCCGUUUAUAUUACGGGGAGUUCUGCUGGUUCGAAUGCCAAAUUUGCCUGUUCAUUCACGCGGCCUUCAUCCACGACAUCAUGAAGGCCAUCUUUUGGCUGUCCGUUCUUUCUCAAUUCCUUGAGUCCAGUGCUCAAGCGCAAAAAGUCAUCGCAUGUCCCGAACUGAUUGGAGGUGCUCCACAACCCUGUGUGAACCAAGAAUGUGGGAAUGAAGACCCAGAGAAUAAGGGUCAUUGCGCCAACAAAGCCUCGGAUGAGUCGCACUGUGCUUGCGACCCAGCUGCAACAGCAGCUCAACCACUGGUGACCUCGGUUGUCACGGCCCCCCCAAUUAGCGGCGAAACGAGUGCUCCAUCUGGUGCUCCCUCUGCCACUUUCGCUCUCGCGACGCUCACGCAAUAUAAAGAUCUUCGUGAGAGCAUUACAGCAACUCUCACAGUAUCUCCAACGCAAUCUGGCGAACCCGCCGCUACCGUAGCCGCAGUUGUAUUUGCCGGAGGAGUUGCUUGGUAUCUUGCCGGCUAUGUGGGCGCUGAAGCUGCCGCAUUAACGGCUCCAAAGGAAGCACCCCCCGGCCACGAAAAUGACGAGAAGUGUAAAGACGUCACGCCUAAGUGCAAGGAUUGUGGUGCUACUCUUGGGUUCUGUGUCGAGCCGAACCCGGGUUGCGCUUGCGACGACAAGGAGGAGGAGAAGAAAUGUCCGGAAAAGAAGCCGUCUUGUGAGGCAACGGAGUGCAAAGGAGACAAUGGCAAAUGCACACUAGACGGCCUUAAGGACUGCGAAUGUGAGGAGAGCAUUAAAUGUCCCGAUGACAUCGACGCUCCCUUCUGUUCUGCAUGUGGAGGUGAAGAGGCUGACACUGCGCAAUGUGCGGGUGGUGCACCUUGCUGCAAAGGGGAUGAGACGGGCAAAUAUAAGGGCUGCCGCUGUUAUAAAGAAGAUGGAGUGGGUGUUGAUGGCUUGGAGAGACCAGACGAUCGCGCUGUGCUGGCCGCUUUGUGGAAAAAUGUAGAAGAACAGGAGCAACCCGUUUGUCAGAAACAAAAUCCGGAUUUAUCUGAAGUUACGGCGCCGCAGCACAUCAAGGAUGGAGAUCCAAGCGUCGAGAAAGCUGCGAAAGAAUGGUGUGCGAGCAUGGACGGCAAGACAGUGGGAGUAAAAGAUGGAGAGGUGCCGCAUCAAUUCGUCAGGAGCGGAGAUACCAGCUUCUGGCUAUCUGCAUCGUUUCGAAACACUGGGGACUGUGGUAACGAAGCCAAGAUUGUUGGGGAUGAGUGCGCGGAGUCCAUGAUGAGGGCAGUGGAAGGAUGCGAGCCAAACCAGAAGACGACUCACGGAGCUGCUCUUGGUAAAGGAUGCUUCUUCUAUAACGUUACUGUCAGUGGCUCCCUCGAUGCAGACCAUCCCCCAUGGGAGGGUAACAAGGGCCAGCCGCAAUGCGAUCGCAAGGUCUCCAGCAUCGAAGGGACCUUCUUCCGUGGCCUUUAUCCCCAGUUUUGUUCACAGGUUAAGGAUGGCAAAGCUAUUAAGACAACCCUGACGAACAAGGAUUUCAAGCCACCAAGCAAAAGCAAGCGAUCUCCUCCCCCAAGCAGCAACCAAUACGAAGACUACAAGUUCAACUUCGAAUUCUCUGGGGGCGAGAAUUGCAAAAUCAGUUGUGAAGAUGCUUUCUCAAAACUUCGCGAUGGCUGUUCCGGCACCACAACUCUAAUGUACAAAGGAAGCAUCGAUGCUGGCUGUGGCACCUACUCAUACUCGAUCGAGGAUCCGCCUCCGCCCACAGUAUGCAAACCGAAGGAACAACCCGAGGCUCUUGGACCAGUGAAAACGUGUAAUGAAGGCAACCUACGGGCUUUGCAGUUCAGUGGCUGCGGGACACCUAAGCCAUUCAUCCCGAAAGAAGUCUUCCAAGCUGGUGCUCAUCAAUUUUGCUAUGGCGGCUUCGACUUCACGGCCAAACCGGACGAUAAAUGGAGCGCUGCGAACCGUUUUUGGAUGGACAAGAAUGUAAUCGACCCCAGCACUAAUCUUCCAAAAGUCUGCACCGGCAAUCAAAGGUUCGCCUGUGAGAGCAAAAUCGAGAUUAUGGUUGUACCAGCCAAGGAUCAGACUGGUUGCAAACCGCUCAAGGAACACAAACUUGCGAAGGAUGGUGACUGUACUAAGAUGUUAGAUGAAGUUUCUGAGGCCUGUAUAACCCCGGUCACCGAUGGUUAUUCGAAUAAGACCGGUGGAUUUUUCUUGGAGAAGUCAGAAGACGGUUGCUGGGAAUGGUGGAUUUGGGCUGCUCAAUACGGUGAGACCGAUCAACGUGACGACUCUUACGGUAGGAACUAGUAGGAGGUUAGCGUUCCCAUAGUAAUUUGGUAAUUGAGGGCGCC